CUGUAGGAAACAAAACACUUGUAUUGUAUCUGUAAAUUGUUCUGUUUUUGUAACGCGUCUCUGUUCUGUUCAUUCAUUCAUUUCCGCUUCUUCCGCCACCGCCACUUUCCUCCGCCACAUCCACCACCGCCGCCGCCGCCGUUAGCGAUGUCUUCCAUCGAUGCGCCGAUGGAGCCACUAACGUCGGGAGCCAGCAACCGUAUAAUUCCUCUUCUCAAAGCGUUCAGAGCCUCUCUCAUCUUCGUCUACACAUUCUUCCUCUCUUUUCUCUUGUUCGUUCUCCCUCGUCGGAAUAGGGCGGCUCCACCGUCUUCUCCGAGGAAGAAUUUGAAGAGAAGGUGGUUGGUUAGGGAAGAAGAGGAUACGUUUAGGAGAAGAGCGUUGGCGCAGGAUGUUGGAAUGGGUCAUGAUGAUGGUUGUUGCCGGUGGAAUACUUCGAUUUUCUAUGGUGUUAGAAAUAAUGCUUUGUUUUGUCGCUCUUGGUUCCCGGUUUACGGUGAUCUUAAGGGUAUUAUGAUCAUCAUUCAUGGGCUUAAUGAACACAGCGGAAGAUAUGCAGAUUUCGCUAGGCAGUUAACAUUGUGCAACUUUGGUGUCUAUGCAAUGGACUGGAUAGGUCAUGGAGGUAGCGAUGGAUUACAUGGUUAUGUUCCUUCUCUUGAUCAAGUGGUUGCAGACACAGGAGCUUUCUUGGAAAAGAUUAGAUCAGAGAAUCCUGGAAUACCAUGCUUUCUCUUUGGUCACUCAACUGGAGGGGCUGUGGUUUUGAAAGCGGCAUCACGCCCUCACAUUGAAGUGAUGGUAGAAGGAAUCAUUUUAACAUCACCAGCUUUGCGUGUGAAGCCAUCUCAUCCAAUAGUUGGUGCUGUUGCUCCAAUAUUUUCUCUGGUAGCUCCAAGGUUCCAAUUCAAAGGAGCAAACAAAAGAGGCAUUCCAGUUUCUAGGGAUCCAGCAGCUUUGUUGGCAAAGUACUCUGAUCCUCUGGUCUACACAGGGCCUAUUAGAGUUCGAACUGGCCAUGAAAUACUGCGAAUAUCAUCAUACUUAAUGCGAAACUUCAAGUCUGUGACAGUACCAUUCUUUGUCCUGCACGGAACUGCUGAUAAAGUAACUGAUCCAUUGGCCUCACAAGAUUUAUACAAUAAGGCAGCUUCUGAGUUCAAAGACAUAAAGCUUUAUGAUGGUUUCUUGCACGACCUUUUGUUUGAGCCGGAACGUGAAGAGAUAGCUCAGGACAUUAUCAGCUGGAUGGAAAACAGAUUAUUUACUAGCAUUUGAAAAUGUCAAUAAUGGAAGGUUGAUAGAGAAGUCAGCACCAAAAAAAGGGGGGGUUGCCAACUUUCUAACUACCAAAGUUGGCAAGUGUGUAGAAAGUGAAGUCGCCCUGAAGAGUGGGUGGCGGAAGCAGAUAGGUUAUUCAUAUUUUAUUUUAUUUAGGUGUUGGACAUAUUUGUACAUUCAACUGGCUUAAAUUUCAGUGAUUUUCCGUGGCCCUAAAUCCUGAUAAUAAAUCCCACAAUAUAUCGUGUAGUAUGUUUCAAAUUUUUCGAUUGAUUGGUUGUAUGUUUUUUUAAGAACUACAUUGGCUUUC